AUGGCUUCGGAGGAGUUAGCCCAGAAGCUGCAGCGGCGGCUACAGUUGGAGGAGAGCGGAGUGGCGGGCGAGGUGGCGGACAAGGGUGAGGUGGCGUCUGAGGUGACGGCCGAGGUGGAGCGAGGCUCCCUGACGGCCCGGGCGGGUGCGGAGCUGAGCGCCAAGCUGUGCCGACGGCAGGAUAUCAACGAGGGGGCGGCGCAGCCCCGCCGGGCCGCUGUCUUCAACCCAUACACCGAAUUCAAGGAGUUCAGCCGGCGGCAGAUCAAGGACAUGGAGCGCAUGUUCCGCUUGUAUGACUCAGGACGGGAUGGGUUCAUUGACUUGAUGGAGCUGAAGCUGAUGAUGGAAAAACUGGGAGCCCCACAGACCCACCUGGGACUGAAGAACAUGAUUAAGGAGGUGGAUGAAGACUUUGAUGGCAAGCUCAGCUUCCGUGAGUUCCUGCUGAUUUUUCAUAAAGCUGCAGCUGGGGAACUUGAGGAGGACAGCGGCCUGUUGACUCUUGCAAAGCUUUCAGAGAUAGAUGUCUCCCUCGAAGGAGUCAAAGGAGCCAAGAACUUCUUUGAAGCUAAGGUUCAAGCUCUCUCUUCAGCCAGUAAGUUUGAAGCAGAGAUAAAAGCUGAGCAGGAUGAGCGGAAGCGAGAAGAAGAGGAAAGGAAACACCGCCGAGCAGCUUUCAGGGAGUUGAAGUCUGCAUUUACCCAGUAA